AUGCCUGUGAUCCUCGAGAUGGACGAGUUCAUCAAUUGGGAAAACACCGAUCCUGCCCUGGAUACUGGCGCCGCAUUGCUGUCUCAGAGGGACGCAGUCAAUGGCUUUAGCCAUGACCUCGACCUGGUUCUGGAGAAUGUUGCCGGCGAUGACUUCUCCUUUUGGGCAUUGCAGCACUAUGAGUCCAGCAACAUGCCCACCUUAGACGUCACCGACGGCAUUGCCCACCCUGGCCUUGGACAGGCAGAACCACAGGCAUUUGAGAUCUCGUUCGAGAUCCCAGAUGAGCCAUGUGCCCAUUGCAAAGCUGGCGGCUAUCAGUGCAAGCGGAUCAGCGAAGGUAGUUACAAGGGCUAUUGCACGAGUUGCGUUGCCCUGAGGUGUGGAUGUAGCUUCGGCUUGGCCUCCCCACAAGGCCGCCCCGACUCUACCACCUUCCCUCUCAACCCGUGGCCCAUCUUGGGUGAUCAUCCGGACGCUAUCCCUCAGGAGGACAUCCGGCCCGAACUCCUUCAUAGCACAUCUACCCCAGACAUCCUAUCCUUGACCUCCGCCGGUGCGGAUCUAAGCCUGAACGACGCUGCCGCUGCCGCCGCACCCAAGAUCGGGGCCCGUUUUUCCAGAGAGUCAGUCAGGACCCUCAAGAACUGGCUCUCAACGCAUAACAAGCAUCCGUACCCAACAGAAGAGGAGAAGGAGAUGCUGCAGAAGCAGACAGGCCUCAACAAGACCCAGAUCACAAACUGGCUUGCAAACGCUCGGCGUAGAGGCAAGAUCAUGGCACCGCGCUCUACUUCACCUGGUGUUCGAAGCUGGUCAACCCCCAUUGAUAUCCCGCAGAGACGCGGCACUCCUGCUGCACUCGAGAACAUGAAUCCCCUCCAGAGGUGGCAGCACUCUCCCCCAGAGAACGAACCUGCUUCCGUUACCGCCAUUGCUCGGGCUGUCACGGCCUCGUCGUCAACCCUGUCGUCCGGGCUCAAUAGCCCCUACAGCAUCAACCUGACUGAUGAUGGGUCUGGAAGAUCGCUCUAUGCCGGUUCAUCGGCUAGCAGUGUCAACACUUCCCAUUCCAGUGGUGGCUCGUUUGCCUCGGCAUACUCCCACGCCUCUCGAGGUUCCUUGGGUUCCUUCGGUUCUCUUAACCGGGGGCGCAGACGGAGACGCAGGAAGGUCACAACGUCGUCAAAGCGUCCUGAGGAAAAGACCUCUCUUACCGCGCCACUCAAGACCUUCCAGUGCACUUUCUGCACGGAAACCUUUCGGACGAAGCAUGACUGGCAGCGACACGAGAAGUCUCUCCAUCUCUCUCUCGAGAGGUGGGUGUGUGCUCCGAAUGGGCCCCGGGCAAUCAAUCCAGAGAAUAGCCAAAUUUGCUGCAUCUUCUGUGGGCAAGCCAACCCUGACGACGCCCAUGUUGAGAGUCACAAUCAUUCCGCAUGCCAGGAGCGGACCUUGGAGGAAAGAACUUUUUAUAGGAAAGACCACCUUAGACAGCAUCUCAAGCUGGUCCAUGGCACCAAGUUUGUCAGCUGGUCCAUGGAACCAUGGAAAAUAGCGACGCCCGAGAUUCGCUCAAGGUGUGGUUUCUGCGGGAUCGUCAUGGAUACCUGGACGAUUAGGGUCGACCAUGUAGCCGAACAUUUCAAGACUGGUAAUACCAUGGCUGACUGGAAGGGUGACUGGGGUUUCGAAGCCCCUGUGUUAGAGAUGGUCGAGAAUUCCAUACCGCCGUACCUUAUCGACCACGAGAGGCACUCGCCAUUACCUUACGAGGCUACGCAGCGACCGCCGGAGACCCCCAGAAGUGCGUAUGAGCUACUGAAGAGUGAGCUCGUGUUCUACAUCCUCAACGUGAGGGAGAAGACAGGGAGAACACCGACGGACGAAGAACUCCAAGUUGAAGCCUGUCGGAUCAUAUUUGGGUCCGAAGUCCUAUCCACGCAGGGAAUGUCAUCCAGGCCCUCCUGGCUCCGAGACCUUCUAGUAUCCUCGGAGCAGUUGGCGAUGCGGGCCCAGUUGGCACCCAUCCGGUCGCAGAGCGAUAGCCGAAUGGCACAGCUCAGAAUCAACGGGAAGGAUAACAUAUUCGAAGACGAGACCAUGGAGAUGCAACUAGGCGAGUACGUACGAGCUCGUCGGCUGCUGGGAUUGACCGCCAUGGACAGCGAGCUGCAGGUUGAAGCAUGCAACAUACUCAGCCGCAUGGAGGAGUCCUCAAUCAGUCCUUCCGACGAGGUUGCGAACUUCCUCCUUCGCCUAAUCUUUGCCUCGACAAAGUGGCUCAGCUCCUUCAGGCAGAGGGCGCAUCUCCCCCGAUCGGAGGAUCUGGCGGAUGAGAAUAUGCGGUCCAAAGACCCAAACACGAUCGACUCAACAAUUCACAACUACAGUAGGCUAGAGGCUGAGUUGGCAGAGUAUGUCAGGACCAAGCGGGCGUUGGGUGUUGAGCCGGAUGACGCAGACCUCCAACGCGAAGCUCGCAUCAUAAUCUACGAGUUCGACGACGACUGGAACCAGACCGCUGCCGAUAACCUCGACUGGCUGAACGCCUUCAAGCAGCGACACCUGAAAUCAGCAGGAGCUACCACCACCACCACUUCACCGAGCAGCCAUUCGCCGCUGACGAUCGCGUCCGUCACCGGACGAAACGUGUUCGGCCGGCCAGCUGCACCUACCACCAACACAUCUCGAUCCACGGCGACCGGGACGGGGACUCUCAAGGGCGCCCAAGCGAGUGAGGCCAGCGUUAUCAAGGUUUCACCCUUCUUUCUCAACGAUGCGAACUGCUAUCGUCGUCUCGCUCGUGAGCUCGGACGUUUUGCCGCAUCUGCCAUGUCGCCGAACAAUCCCAAUUGUCACGUUCCCUCGGACGAAGAAUUGCAGCACCAAGCAAGAUGGAUCCUGUAUGACGAUGACGACCCUUGGAAUCAAACAGCCGCCGACAACGCAGAAUGGCUUCGCCGAUUCAAGAGAGAUGUCGGCAUCCUGACGGACUCGUCGCUGCCCGGUCUGCCGCAAGACAGUGAUGCGUGGAGCAUUGCACAAGGCGGGACCGGAUUUGCGCCUCCUUAUAUGUGCCCGAACCCCAAGGCGCAGGUGACGCCUUUCGACCAGGGCGACAAAGUCUCGAUAUCACUCCGUAGCGGGGUCAAGACAUUCGAGACGGAGAGCGCCACCGCCAACAAGUUCCUCCAGGGCCUCGCCACCUGCUCGCCCCCGGCCGCCGUCUUCUGCUCCCGCGAGCUCGAGGGCAAGCUCUCCGAGUUCGUGACCGCCAAGGUCGCGAGCGCCAGCCUGGGCCUGAGCGCCGAGCCCUUCCCCAGCGACGACUCCCUCCGGGCGGAGGCGAGGGACAUCCUGGGGAUGCAGACUACCGCGGCCGAUGACCCUGUGCUGUUGACCAAGUUCAAGACCAUGAUGCAGGAGAAACUGGGGCUGAGUCGGACCGGAGCUCAGCAGCAGCGGUCGCAAGCGACUGCGGUUCCAUCUAGCACUUCGGCAACCCAGGAAGCGCAACAACUGGCGGCCAUGCCGCUAGAUAUAGACAUGAAUAUCACAGAUGGCGAGCUGACGGAUAUCCUGCAGGAUAUGGACUUUGACUUUGGAGACCAGGUCUCGUUUGGGUGA